AUGCAUCAGAUCUACAGCUGCAGUGAGGAGAACAUAGAAGUUUUUACCACCGUGAUUCCUUCCAAGGUGUCCAGUCCAGCCAGGAGAAGAGUCAAAAGUUCUCAACACCUCUUGACAAAGAAUGUGGUGAUCGAGUCUGACCUGUACACACCCCGUCCCCUGGAGCUGCUGCCACACCGCAGUGACCGCUGGGACACAGGUGACAGCUGCAGGUUCAACCGGCUCCAAAACGCAAGGCCACCUGGGACCCAUCCUACCAAACCCCCAGCCAGACCUGUGGGAAUUUGUGAACCCAAAGCAUCGAAUCUGUGUGGGAAUCGAGCAUAUGGAAAAUCCUUGAUUCCUCCUGUGACACGGAUCUCAGUGAAAUCUCCGGCUGCAGUGGAGACAACAGCCACAAGCUCAGAAAACAGAGCUGUUCUCGGAAGAGGAUCCAGACACCUCAAGAAGAUGGCUGAAGAGUAUCCAACCCUUCCCCAGGGGGCAGAGGCCUCUCUGCCACUGACAGGCAGCACUUCGUGUGGUGUCCCUGGCAUCCUCAGGAAAAUGUGGACCAGGCACAAGAAGAGGUCUGAAUACGUGGGAGCCACUAACAGCGCCUUUGAGGCUGACUAA